UUUGGUCAUCAUCAAUAAAUAUUGUUACUGGUGAAGAGCUGCAAAGCAUCUUUGCAAUCAACAUUCAAAUUGAAAUAAAUCAUUAGUUCAUUAUUUCUUAUGAGAUUCAAAGAUACUUUGCUCCUCUCAUCUCUCCACUUAUUAUUCAUCACCGAAAAAACCCUUUCCACAAAUGCUGAAGUGGCAGGGAUAGAGAGUAAAUAUGAAACCACUUUAUACAAAUUCUUGAACUCAUCAGCAUCACAUACACUGAAAAAAUGUAGCCAAUAUUUAGUUUAAAUAUGACAGUCUACUCCACUCUACUAACCUAAAAUGUUUUGAUUUCCUCGUACUUCAUUAUAUAGUACUUUAUUGAGCAAAAUAAAGUAUUUUUGCGUACUUUAUCUUGCUUACAAAGUAUGAAUUACAAGACCUCGAAAUAAAGUACAAUACUUUAUUAUAUAGUACGGGUGGCAACCCUAAUCACGGCGCCUGGAGUCUAUUAUUUACUUAACAAAUUCCUUUUAGACUGGCAGUGAUAAGCUGGCGGGUUCCAAUACUUUUAGUUGGCUAGUUAGCAGUUAGUACUGGAACUGUAUGUUAGUGCAGGGAGCUUUUCCUUUGUUUUCCCUUUGAAUAGUUUUAGUUUUGAUCUUUCUUUUUUACUUUCGUUCUUUCUCUCUUACGUUCUAGCUUUAUAAUACGUUAUAGGUAGCCUACAUUUUUAUUAUAAAUCUUAAUUAUAAUUAUAAAGCAAGAGGAACAUCACCAGCAUGUUUCAAUGCUUGAACUGUGAUGCCAUAUUUCAUGGCAGGAGCCAAUUUCUUGUCUACAUCUCAAAUAAUAGAAAUUGCACGGGAGUGAAAUCUACGUACAUCAGUGAUGAGGAAUCUGAAGUGACAAUUGAUGACAGUGACAAAGGCCCUAAUUGGUCACCAUCAUUACUUAAAGAUUCUGCAAUUCCAUUGUCUGCAAUGUCUACUCCUAUAAUUGAAGAGCAGAUGAAAGAAGCUGUAGUUUUGCAAAUUUCAUUUUCGAUGAUGAUGAUGAUGAUGAUGAUAAGAAUUCUCAAUUUCAACAACUUCCGGCCACUUCCUCUUUCAACGAUAAACUGUCGGUUCCUACUGCCUAAAACCUACUGCCUAGAUAAUAUUUUUAUAUAUUUAUAUUUCUUGUUUCUGCUAGAAUGUAGUGGUCAUCUUUCAUUUAUAAUCACCCCUUCCAUUACCAACACACAAGCCAAGGGCUCAUGUGGGUAUCACACUCCAGAAAUAAUACUUCGACACUGCAGUAUUUCAGCACUUGUCUAUAAUAAACAAUGACGAUUUUCUAAGAAAAGAAUAGUUUGAAAAAAAUCCUAGUAUAGCAUAAAAUAACAUCAAACAUAUUUUUUGCAGGCUUCAAAUAGAUUGAAUCAAGUUAUUUUCAAUGAGAGCAUUUAUUCAGAGGAGAGGAGCACAGAGGUGCGUGAAGUUACCUCGUUGUGAAGAACAAACCGUUGGGUGUGUACUUCAGCGACUCGAGUGACAGUUUGUAUUGUAGCUCACAGGACUCUAAUAUUUUGUUAUUGACCAAGGAGCUCAGCAAAUCUGACAAUGAGUGUACUGAGGAUACAGACCGUUGGGUGUGUGUCAUAACCCCCCAUGUUAACCCCCACUCUCCUGUCGAAUAAUGUUGUAGGAAUUUACUUAGACCGUGGGACUAUAUUUUAUUAUAGAACUAUUGGACUAUUGUGGAUUUCCACAUUUCUACAUGAAAAUAAUCUUUCUUCACUUUGAGCCUACAAAUUGAAAUGAAUUACAUAUUUAAAUUCAAGUGCAAUUAUAUUUGGGUUAUUCUCUUUUCCAUAGUUAUUGUCUUGUUUAAAAUUCACAAUAAUUUUAUUCCACCGAAAUAUACAUAUAUUUAUAUUAAUUCUAAACAUUCAAAAUCAAAACGGAGUUUUCAUCAGUCAAAAGCUUGUCAAUAAUCUUGUCAGUUUUAUUUUUUUAUAGUCAUAGUUUACAACAUACAAUAUAAUUAUGGUAAUAUUUCAGUCAUGAUUCUGAAUGUGAAU